AUGUGGAUGGGCCUCAUCCAAUUAGUUAAAGGUGUUAAGAGAAAAGACCAAGGUUUCUUGGAAAAGGAAUUCUCCCACAAGACUAACAUAAUAAUGUCGUGUGAGUUUCUAGCCUGCUGGCCUGCCUUCACUGUCCUGGGGGACGCUUGGGGAGACCAGGUGGACUGGAGUAGACUGUUGAGAGACGCUGGUCUGGUGAAGAUGUCCAGGAAACCACGAGCCUCCAGCCCAUUUUCCAACAACCACCCACCAACACCAAAGAGGUUCCCAAGACAACCCGGAAGGGAAAAGGGACCCGUCAAGGAAGUUCCAGGAACAAAAGGCUCUCCCUAAAAGACCACCGCUUCAAAAAAAACCUGAGGAAUGGAGUGGGUCAACACUAUCCAGCCACUCUGACCAGCCGAACGAGGAACUCAAUCAAAAUGCACCACAGCAGGACCACAAGGGCAAGGAGACCACCACCUUCUCCAGUGCUUCCUUGGGCGCCAGUAAUUCCUGGGCAA